AUGUCUGCCUCCAUGGUGCGAGCGACCGUCCGAGCGGUCAGCAAAAGAAAGAUUCUGCCCACAAGAGCCGCACUGACACUUACUCCAGCAGCUGUGAACAAGAUCAGGUUUUUGUUGCAGGAAAAGCCGGAAUGUAUGGGAUUGAAGGUCGGAGUGAGAACACGAGGCUGUAAUGGCAUGACUUACACACUGGACUACGCCAUGGAGAAAGGCAAAUCGGAUGAGGAAGUGCUGCAGGAUGGUGUGAGGGUGUUCAUAGAGAAGAAGGCUCAGCUGACCCUUCUGGGAACUGAGAUGGACUUUGUGGAGUCUAAGCUGUCCAGCGAAUUUGUCUUCAACAACCCAAACAUAAAGGGCACAUGUGGCUGUGGAGAAAGCUUCAACAUCUGAGCAUCAUGGAUCCUCUCCGUCCUCCCCCAACCCUCCCUGUUCCAAGCCCCCCCCACCCAUAAAGACUGAGAGACUGAAUGCUGACGAGGACGUCGGACAUGAGUUAAUCUCUGAGAUGUGGACGUGCCUGCAUUACUACCACUGCUCCUCCUGCAGACCACUCGCAUACACACACACACACACACACACGCACACACACAAAGUAUGCAUAUUCAUGCUUCGUGGAAGGUUUUAAUACAGUCUGUGUAGUCACGAUCUCAACGUUGAUUUUAUGUUCAGGAUACCUCUGAUGUCAGCAACUGCUUUUUUAUGCUCUGCAUCUAAAAAAAAACUUAGAAGGACCUCACAGGCAAGUUUUUUUUAAUUUAGUGGCUGCAAUUUUACACAUACAUGCACAAAUUCUAGUCAAAUUUCACCAUGACUUGUAUGCAGGAGGAAACGGUACCACAUGGCCCAACAUGCUCACUGAAGCUGAGAGUUGUUCAGGUUUUAGUUGGAUGAAUUAUUAAGUAUUCUGUUUUCUAAUUUGAAUGCAUCCACUGAAAUCCACAGGCCAACAUCAGCUUUGAUAAACACUGUAAGACAGUGUACCAUCACCCAGUGUCAUGCACCCCGCAGUAUGCAGAGGUGGAAGAUUUUGAGUGUCUUGAAACUGCUUUAUGAGCUUGUAAAGUGUAUAUUUAUCUCUGUGUGUAAAUAUAAAGAAUGUUUAUCUCCCGUGAACCACACAAACGCACAAAAAAGUAACGCACAAAAAACACUUAUCCCUCACAUAAGAGUACAUGAGGUCUAUGUUCAUUGUUGCUUGAUUAAAGCCAGGACUUUGUGUUUGUACUGUGCAAUAUGUCUGUGUAUAUAUGAAAUAAUAAAUAGAUAAAUCCAGUCA